UCGCGUCAUACCAGUGCCCACCAGGCACGGUCCAGCGGAACGUUGGUCGUGCCGUUCUUGCCGUCGUCGCCGCCACCACUCCGCCGCGUAUGAUUCAUAAGGACCGAGCUUGGGGUUGCCUUCAGGGACAAAAGUCAAAUUUUAUAUAUUUGGAGAUGCUGGAAGUUGGUUUGCGAGUUGUCCGUGGCCAAGACUGGAAAUGGGACAAUCAGGAUGGUGGAGAGGGUCAUGCUGGGACAAUAGUGGAGAUCGGUAGACCUCCCCCCACAGGAAACUCAACCUCUAGCCCAAAUCCCACCGAUCGAACGCCAGACAAGACAGUUAUCGUUCAAUGGGAUCAUGGCGCUAGGAGUAAUUAUAGAAUCGGCUAUCAGGGUGCUUAUGAUUUGUUAGUGUUUGAUAACGCAGCCGCUGGCGUCAAGCACUCUAACAUCAUCUGCGACGGUUGCAAAAGGCAUGGGAUAAUUGGUAUCAGAUGGAAAUGUACAGAGUGUUUUGACUAUGAUCUCUGCACGCAGUGUUACAUGGCCGACAUACACGAGUUAACUCACACUUUUGAGAGAUAUCAAACAGCGAAUUCUGUAGGUGUUCGUCUGGAGUCGAGAGAAGGAUGCCCGAAGAUACCUUUGAAAGGAAUCUUCAUAGGAGCAAAAGUCAUUCGCGGACCGGAUUGGGAAUGGGGAAAUCAGGAUGGUGGACGUGGGAAAACCGGUAGAGUUAUGGACAUACGUGGAUGGGACAACGAAAGCAAUCGAUCCGUCGCAACCGUCACGUGGUCCACGGGUAGUACUAAUGUGUAUCGAUUAGGUUUCAAAGGUUGCGUGGACUUGUGUUACGUGGAGGAGGCUAAUGCUGGUACUUAUUAUAAGGAACAUCUUCCGUUACUCGGCCAACCGGUCUUGACUGUGCCAGAUAAUGGAAACGGCACAACACCGACAAAGAGUGGUGUCACAAGCAUCACGUCUAGUCCCCAUCCUUUAAUGUUUAACGUCAGCGACAAGGUGAAAGUGUUAAUGGAGGUCGAUACGUUAAAGGAGAUGCAAGACGGUCAUGGCGGAUGGAAUCCGCGUAUGGCUGAAUACAUAGGAAAGAUUGGCACGGUACAUCGAAUUACGGAUAAGGGAGAUAUUCGUGUGCAGUACGAAGGCUGUCACAAUAGGUGGACUUUUCACCCAGGUGCUCUAACGAAAGUUACCGCCAAGGACGGAUUCUCUCUUGGUGAUAUAGUCCGCGUGAAAAGCGACUUAGCUGCUGUAAAACAAUAUCAACGUGGCCACGGUGAAUGGAUAGACGUCAUGAAAAAUGCUCUAGGGAAGACUGGGAAGGUAAUUAAAAUCUAUUCCGAUGGGGAUUUACGCGUGGCGUUGGACAUACAUGGUCAUACGUGGACAUUUAAUCCGCUAAGUGUUGUCCCGGUAUCUUCUGGUACGAAUGUUAUGGCUGCUACGCAUGAUAAUGCAAACAAGAGUAAAGAUCGUUCGGUCGACGGUACUGACAGUGAAGUGGAAAAGCUGUUAAGGGAUGCGGCUAGAGGCGAAGCUGGAGUGGAUGCAGUACGGGAAUUCCUCAAGAAAUAUCCUGGCAGAGUAGACGCGUGUGCUCCUGGUGGUGGUAGAAAAACGUGCUUGCAAGUGGCCGCUCACCAAGGUCAGCGCGAGCUCUGCACUCUCCUUCUGGACGCUGGUGCUUCUUUGCGUGCAGUCGAUGAGGAUGGAGAUACGCCUUUGCAUUAUGCGGCAUUCGGAAAUCAGCCAGAGAUAAUGGAUCUAUUAUUAUCGCGAGGUGCAGCUAUCAACGCCGUUAAUAACGGCAGAUGUAGCGCUUUGCAUGUGGCAGUUAAUAAGCAACAUGUGCAAUGCGUGAGAGUUCUACUGCGUUACCAUUGCGACGUCAAUCUUCAAGACUCGUACGGCGAUACAGCGACGUUAUGCGCCUGCGAGAAGGUUGACUUCACAUUGAGAAACAAACGGGGUUUCAAUAUCUUGCAUCAUGCCGCACUCAAGGGCAAUGCUCAUGCAACGGAGAGACUGGUUGCGCGCGCGCGUCACUUGGUAGACGUGAAAAAGGAAGACGGAUUUGCAGCAUUGCAUCUAGCGGCGUUGAACGGACACAAGGAAGUUGCGGCCAUCCUUCUCUCGCAGAAUGGUGGCCGUGCCAAAGUAGAUCUGCGCAACAAUCGACGGCAAACGCCGUUGCAUUUAGCAACUUCGCAGGGACAUUGGUCGCUCGUUGAGCUGCUGGUGCAUCACAAUGCAGAUAUCGGCAGCACGGACGAGGACGGCGACACUGUAUUGCAUAUCGCGAUAGCAAAGAGCCCGAAUCAACAGACUGCUGUGCCUACACCCGAAAGUAGCCGGGAUUCACCGCUUUUAUAUGCUAUCUGGCAGAAUCUGGCAAGGCAAGGCGCAAAGACUGAAUUAGCAUUAGCUUGUUUUUUGGUAAACGUGGAUAGGAGUUGCAAACUCCUUGAGCAAGUCAGAAACAACAAGGACAAGACGGCGCUCGAUCUUUUGGAAGGCAAUCCACAGGCUGCCCUGCUCGCUGAUCUUUUACGCUCUUACAAAUACCAAAGUCACAGCACACAAUUAGAAAUAGAAAACAAUCCAUCGCCCGGUUAUAUAGAGCCACCUGCGUACCGGAUAGAUAAUAUAUCGCAGUCGGAAGGAUUGCACGUUGCGAAGAAGAAUAUAACCGGUUCCGGCGACGCGACAGAAUGUCGGAAUUGCUCGGGGAUCAUAGAGGACACAAAACAGGAGAAUCGAAUUGAUCCUAGCAGUAGCGUUACGUUCGUUGGUUGUGCACGUUGUGGCCAUACGCAAACAAUUCCAGAUGGUCAGCUGGCGACAGGUGAAGUCUCUAUAGCCAAUUCGGAGGAUAAAUCGAAGGACGUAUCUUCAGAAAGCAAACGAAAGGAGGAGAUCAGUAACAGGGAAAAAGAGAAGGACAAAGAUCUAGAACGGCUACGUUAUUUGGAGACUAGAGUCGCGGAUCUUGAGGAGGCGAAUAUGUGUAGCAUCUGCAUGGAACGUCGUCGUAACGUCGCAUUUCUUUGCGGGCAUGGCGCGUGUGAGCACUGCGCCGCUCCGCUGAAGACUUGUCACAUGUGUCGCAAGACGAUCACAAAGAAGAUUAAUUUAUAUUAGAAGUUCGAUCAAUCAUCAUAUGUUUAUAUCAGAACAUUGAUUUCCACGCGGUGUACAGUCGGUGCGUGUCGCGAGAGGAAAGGUCGACAUCAGUGAUAAUAAUAAUAAAAUAAUCCUUAAUAUCCAAAUUUAAACAACUUAGAUUACGCAGCUCAGAACGAGAGACAGAGGAAUUUCUUUACUCGCUACGAGGAAUUUCUUUAUGUCGCACGGUUCCUCUCGAGACAUUCUGUUUGUUGUGCCGAACAGGAAAUUUUGUCAUUCGCCAUGUUGGCGUAGGAAAAUGAUUCACCAAUUGUUCGUAACGAUGCGUACGUUACGUCUCGCGCUGAUGAAAUUAAACUGCCAAAAUGUACAUUUUAUUUCCGCGAAUAAUUUGUACGAAAGGGAAAAAGAUGAAGCUCUCUUAUAUUGCACUAACGUCGUGCCAUAGUGAGAUAGGUUUGUGCACAACACGAUAAUCGCGUUUGCCUGGACACGAGAUAUUUUGAUCUUAUGUUAUUUUUCUCGGCAAUUAGUUAAGUAAUCAGUUAUAUUAAAAAUUAAUUAAUACCAGUACGGGGGGGGAUGUCUUGUGUCCCGACGAACACGCACGACGUACGAUUGUAUGUACAUCGUGUACGCUUUUCUUCCUCAUGAAUCGACGUUUUCGCAUGUGCUUUAUCCCGUCCAUUUUUUAUUCAUGUUUAAAGAGAGCGUGGAUGAUGAGCACUGAAAGAGCGCACUUGUCUUAACGUAGGAAACAUGCGCGAUCGUGUUUAUGUGACAACAAUCAUAGAAGCUCGUAGAAACAUUCGUACAUAUCGCUACAUUAUUGCGAGAAGAAAAAAAGAAUACUGUUUCCACGUGUUCGAAAACUGCGAAUUCCUAUCGCUUCCGUGCAGUAGAAGGGAAGGGGGCACAUUUAGAUAGUAAAAUUUUUUAGAUUUUUUAAAAUAGAUUU